AUGGAGAUGAAUCUCUUGCAGGGACUCAAUACUGCUCAGAAAGCUGCUGUCACCUCUAAAGCUUCGGUAUUGCAGGUUCUGGCACCUCCAGGAUCCGGCAAAACGAAGACACUCACCUCUCGAGUCGCCUACCUCGUUGUCCAUGAAUGCCUAAACCCGCAGAAUGUCAUCUGCUGCACGUUCACCAUCAAGGCCGCACGAGAGAUGCAAGAGAGAUUGCGGGCCUUGAUUGGUCCUGAAUUCGAGGCCAAGCUAGUCCUAGGAACUUUCCAUUCGGUCUGUCGACGCUACUUGGUAGCAUACGGCCACCUCAUUGGAAUCUCAAAGGGCUUUGGCAUAGCAGACUCAUCGGACAGUAACAACAUCGUCAAACGCAUAAUCAAGCGCUUGAACCUAUCAAUCGACCCGAAGGCUGCGCGGGCCCGAAUAUCGCACUAUAAAGCAAGAGGAAAGAGAUUGGAAGAUUUACCAAAGAUUCCGCAGAAGCAGGUGGAGCAGCAGGAGUUCAUCACGGUUUUCCAUGAGUACGAGGCUGCUCUAACCACAUCCAAUCUGCUGGAUUACGAUGAUCUGCUUCUACGAUGUGUAGAUCUUCUUCGUGCAUUUCCGGCCUGUGUAUCCAAUGUUGAGGCAUUGUUGAUUGAUGAAUUUCAAGACACAAACGUGGUGCAAUUCGAACUGACGAAACUGCUGGCAUCAGCUCAAAGGAGAAUUACUAUUGUGGGAGAUCCUGAUCAGAGCAUCUACGGCUUUAGAUCCGCCGAGAUUGAGAAUCUACGACGGAUGAAAUCGUUCUUCCCGGAAACCGUGGUCAUCAAUCUGGAGGAAAAUUAUCGUUCGGCAUCAGCUGUCCUAGGACUUGCACAGGAUGUUAUAGAACAGGACAUGAAUCGACCCCAGAAGAAGCUGAAGGCGACACAUUGUCAUGGAACUCAACCUGUCCUCCGACGUUUGCCCAAUCCCAAUGAAGAAGCAUUAUGGAUUGCCAGUGAGAUUAAAAGAAUGAUGACUAUGACCGGUGGUCUGCUUCGGCAUUCGGACUUUGCCAUUCUUCUUCGAUCGGCAUAUCUGUCCCUAUUAAUUGAAAAGGCUUUGGCUAACUCCAGCAUCCCCUAUCGCAUGGUCGGUGGUCAACGAUUCUUCGAUCGAGUCGAGAUUAGAAUCAUUAUCGAUUAUCUUCGCACAAUCAGUCAUCCGGACAAUAACCAAGCGUUCAUGGCCAUUAUUAAUGUCCCUUCGAGAAAGAUUGGAGACACCUCUGUCGCAGAGUUGAUCAGGCUUGGUGAAGAACGAAAGCUCUCUCUAUGGACGGUGGUGCAAAAAGUUCUUGCAGGAAACUUGUCACCGGAGAAGCUUUCGAAGCCAGCUGAGCAAGAGCUCGGGCACCUCGUCAAUCUCAUCAAGUCCGCAAGACAGAAGUUGGACACAAUGCUUCCGGCUACAGUGCCCAGUAACUUAAUCGAUUUUAUCAUCAAAUCCCUGGAUCUGGAGAACUAUCUGAAGAAGAAAUACAAGGAAGACCACGAAGAUCGGCUCGAGAACGUCAAAGAACUCAUUCAUCAUGCGUCAGAAGUUCUGCUGCAACUUUCCAGUGAGGAACAACUUGCCGACAUUGACGGAUUGGAGCAGCAAGUUUCCAACGCGGGACAGGAAGUUCUUGCUCGAUUUCUAGCCAAUAUUGUCCUAUCAGCCGACGUGGACAAGUCUGACGAAAGUAAUGACAAACCUCGUGUGACCAUCUCGACUAUUCAUUCGGCAAAAGGUCUGGAGUGGCCGGCGGUCUUCAUUCCCGCUGUUUACGACGGCUCCAUUCCCCAUUCAAGAGCUGAUGACAACGACGAAGAACGACGUUUGCUUUAUGUUGCGAUGACACGAGCUCAAGCAUUUUUGACAAUGACUUUGCCGUUGACUCAAUCUCGAGACCAAAUUGAGUCCACUCUAUCUCCAUUUCUGCCCCUUCAAAUCCAUCGCCACUUAGCACAAACCGGUCCCCUCUUCAACGAUAAGGUGAUUGAAGAUACAGCUUCAAUUCUUCGUCGCCCAUUGCCAUCGCAAGAGGACCUCGCGAAAAGCUUGUUGGGCAUGACGGCAAGUGAAAGCCAAGUGGACGACGUGUGGCCUGGUGAUGGUAGUCGCCGACCAACUGUAAUGAUACCAGCAGAAAACCAGGGUUUACCUCAAUUUGGGAGACCAUUAGCAGAGGCUAUUGCUGCCGCUCAAAGAUCCCGGUAUUCGGAACUUUCUACAUUCGGAAGAAGCCACCCGAUAUCAGAUUCUACAAAGAGCAAUGGGAUCGUGACCACCAUGGGUAGUGUUGGUGCUUUCUCAACCUCAAACAUGUCACUAGGCUUUACGACUGCCAAUCACCAGCUGAAAAUGAGUGCUCCGGACCAGAGCAGAUCUUCAUCAGGCCCAUUGCCGCCACAGAAGAAGCCGAAGCUAUUAAAAUCGGCAUCAGCGCAGGGCAACAUUACCUCAUUCUUCUCGAAACCUAAGUCCCAAGCGAUACAGUCACCGGAGCCAACCCUGCCAUCACCGGUUCCUCAAGUGUUUCAACAAGAGCAUCGUAGUGCCAAAUCUACACUUUCAUCUCCAAGUCGAGCAAGUCAAGCCAUAGGUGUGGAUGGGAUUCCCAAAGAACUUUCCAAACACGGACUGAAAUUUUGCAACGGAAUGAUUCACAAUCGCCCUGCUCCAUUGAAAGAAAUAACCACGAAUGCCAGGAACCGAUACGCCAAUUUGUAUAGUUCGUCACCUCCAGAGGCUGAGGGAUAUCAACAGAUGACCACCACUGGCGGUGAGAUUGACAGUAUCAAAAUCCCCGUGGAGGGCGCAAAGCAGCUCGCGCCAAUUCAUGAUUCAUCAAAGCUAAGCACUGGAGCGACACCACUCAAAAAUCAUAUACUCUCCCGACCAGCAACAACGAUGCAUCGAACGAGUAUGUCCUCGAUUGGACAGAAUUGGGUUACGUCCAGGAUUUCCGGCUCAACCACAGGGAGGAAAACGUUAGGAGUUAGGCGCACAAUGAACGGCUGGGAGAACAGGAAGAAUAAAUGA